CCCAGGGAGCUCGCAAACAGGGAAAUUCAAACUCAGUGAUCCUGUGCUUACUUAUAUAGCCAGGACCAGAUUUCUCUUAGUAAAAGUGUUUGCUCUGUUCCUUCUUUUUCUUGCUCUUUCUCUUUUGCUUCCCUAUAAACACAAAGGCUUUAAAACCCUCAGAUCUGGAGCUGUUUUUGCUUUUUCUCGUUACCGUGACAGCAUGUAUCUCUGCUGCUGAAGAAUGAAGCAGGCAGGCUGGAGUUUUUUUAUGUUCACUGCUUUUGGGACCACUAAAGGGAAGUCCACAGAGAAAUACGUAGAGCAACUGUGCSAACUGAGUUUCCUAUGCUUGUUAUCUGUCGCUUACUCUGACUAAAAGGGUGAAAGAAUGAUGUGAUGGAGGUGAAUAUGGGCUGCUGGUCAGGCACACGGCCACCUCCAUCCUGCCAUGUCCUUCUGGUUUUCAAGCUUCUGGCUGCCAUCUGCCAGGUAGUUGAAGGGACGAUUCCAUUUGGCUUUCACUUCACACAUUCCACUUACAAUGCCACAGUGUACGAAAACUCAGCAGCCAGGACCUAUGUCAACAGUCAAACAAGAAUGGGCAUUACCUUGGCUGACCUUUCGUGGGAUAUCAAAUACCGGAUAGUGUCUGGUGAUGAAGAGGGCUUCUUUAAAGCAGAGGAAGUCGUCAUUGCUGACUUUUGUUUCCUAAGAAUAAGGACUAAAGGGGGGAAUUCUGCUAUAUUGAACAGAGAAAUCCAGGACARCUAUUUAUUGGUAGUGAAAGGGUCGGUCAGAGGAGAGGACUUGGAAGCAUGGACAAAAGUGAACAUCCAGGUGUUGGAUAUGAAUGACUUAAGACCUUUGUUUUCACCAACCACAUACUCUGUCACGAUAGCAGAAAGCACUCCCUUAAGGACUAGCAUUGCACAGGUGACCGCAACAGAUGCGGAUAUUGGGUCCAAUGGUGAAUUUUAUUACUACUUCAAAAACAAGGUUGAUCUCUUUUCAGUUCAUCCUACGAGCGGUGUUAUCUCCUUAAGUGGCCGAUUAAACUAUGACGAGAAAAACAGAUAUGAUCUCGAGAUCUUGGCUGUGGACCGUGGGAUGAAACUUUAUGGAAACAAUGGAGUAAGCAGUACUGCUAAGCUUUAUGUUCACAUUGAACGUAUAAAUGAGCACGCCCCAACUAUAAAUGUUGUAACCCACAUUCCCUUCCCAUCAGACAAGGAGCCUACCUAUGCAGUUGUUAAUGUUGAUGACCUAGAUGAAGGAGCCAAUGGAGAAAUUGAAUCUGUUUCUAUUGUGGCUGGGGAUCCGCUGGAACAGUUCUUUCUGACUAAAGAUGGCAAAUGGAUGAAUGAAUACAAAAUAAAAGAAAGAAAACCUAUUGAUUGGGACAGUUCCCCAUAUGGUUAUAAUCUGACUCUCCAAGCAAAGGACAAAGGAUCUCCUCAGAAAUUUUCUGCAGUCAAACUGGUCCACAUUGCUAGCCCCAAGAAAGAAAGCAUCCCAGUGAAGUUUGAAAAGGAAGCAUAUGAUGUCUCCAUCAAUGAAUUUUCACCUCCUGGUGUGGUGGUUGCACUAGUCAAGCUCAUACCUGAACCACAGGGUGUGGAAUACAGAUUAUCUCCUAGUGAGGAUGCUGAGUGUUUUAAGAUCAAUCCUAAAACAGGUCUUAUCAGUACUGCUUGUUCUUUGAAAAUCAUUGAGAAGGACCUCUACGAAUUAGAAGUGUCCAUAAACAAAGGUAGCAAUUUGAAAGCACGUGUUACUGUGAGGUUAGAAGAUGCCAAUGAUCACACUCCAGAGUUCCAGCAGCCUUCGUACAGCUCGUUCAUCAACGAAAGUGUCCCUGUGGGUUCUAGCGUUUUGGUCAUUUCAGCAGUUGAUAAAGAUAGGGGAGAAAACGGAUACAUAACAUACAGCAUUGCCAGUCUGAAUUCACUACCGUUUACAAUAAAUCAGUUUACAGGCAUUAUCACCACAUCUGAAGAACUGGAUUUUGAGUCCUCACCAGAAAGCUACCGGUUCAUAGUGAGGGCUUCCGACUGGGGUUCUCCCUACCGUCACGAAAGUGAGGUGAAUGUGACUAUAUACAUAGGCAAUGUCAAUGAUAACAAACCCCUCUUUGAGAAAGUAGCAUGUCAGGGAGUGAUUUCAUCUGACUUUCCUGUUGGUGGUCACAUCACGGCUGUUUCUGCCAUAGACAUAGAUGAGUUGGAGCUUGUGAAGUACAAAAUAAUCUCUGGAAAUGAACUUGGAAUUUUUUAUUUAAAUCCAGAUUCUGGUGUUCUGCAACUUAAAAAGUCUCUAAUCAACUCUGGCAUAAAGAACAACAAUUUUGGCCUUAAGAUAACAGCUACUGAUGGAGAGAACUUUGCUGAUGCUAUGUUUGUUAAUAUUUCAGUGGUUCAUGGAAAGGUGUCCUCAAAGACUUUUAGCUGUAGAGAGACUAGAGUUGCUCAGAAGCUAGCAGAAAAAUUGCUCAAAAAGGCAAAAGCUAAUGUGAAGCUGAAUUUGGAAGAUGGCUUUCUUGAUUUUUACUCAGUGAACAGGCAGGCUCCCCAUUUUGACAAAUCCUUCCCUACUGAUGUAGCUGUCUCAGAGGAUCUACCUGUUGGUGCCACCAUCCUCAGGAUAAAAGCCUAUGAUGCAGAUUCAGGCUUUAAUGGGAAGGUAGUCUAUACAAUUUCUGAUGGUAAUACGGAUAGUUGUUUUGACAUUGACAUGGAGACAGGGAUACUUAAAGUUCUUAUGCCCUUAGACCGUGAAAAAACAGAUCUCUAUCUCCUUAAUAUUACAAUUUAUGAUUUAGGAAAUCCACAAAAAUCUGCAUGGCGACUGUUGACUGUUACUGUAGAGGAUGCAAAUGAUAACAAGCCUGUUUUUCUGCAGGACAGCUAUUCAGUUAACAUUUUAGAAAGCACAAGUCUUGGUACAGAGAUUAUUCAAGUAGAAGCCAGAGACAAAGAUCUAGGAUCCAACGGGGAAGUGAUUUACUCGGUGUUGACAGACACUCAGCAAUUUGCCAUCAACAGUUCUACGGGGUUGGUGUAUGUGACUGACCAGCUAGACCGGGAAACAAAAGCAAACUACACGCUUAAGAUAGAGGCAAGGGACAAAGCAGAUAAUGGCCACCAGCAGUUCUCUGUGGUGCCCCUGAAGGUUUUUUUAGAUGAUGUCAAYGAUUGUUCUCCAGCCUUUAUACCAUCUAGUUACAACGUGAAGGUCCUCGAAGAUCUUCCCGUUGGCACCGUGAUCGCUUGGCUGGAAACUCACGAUCCAGACCUCGGUUUGGGAGGUCAAGUCCGCUACUCGCUGGUGAACGAUUACAACGGGCGGUUCGAGAUAGACAAAGCGAGUGGCGCCAUCCGCUUGAACAAAGAGCUGGACUAUGAGAAGCAGCAGUUCUACAACCUCACGGUGCGCGCCAAGGACAAGGGGCGUCCGGUGUCUCUUUCCUCUGUUUCUUUUGUGGAAGUUGAAGUGGUGGAUGUUAAUGAAAACCUCUAUACGCCCUAUUUUCCUGACUUUGCAAUCAUUGGAUCUGUAAAGGAAAACUCCCGUGUUGGCACAAGUGUUUUGCAAGUUGUUGCUCGGGAUGAAGACUCCGGAAGGGAUGGAGAGAUCCAGUAUUCCAUCAGGGAUGGCAGUGGCCUGGGCAGAUUUAGCAUAGAUGAAGAAACUGGAGUUAUCUACACGGCAGAUAUUCUUGACCGAGAGACAACCAAAUCCUACUGGCUGGCAGUGUAUGCCACGGACCAUGGUGUCGUCCCUCUCUACGCUACCAUUGAAGUCUACAUUGAGGUGGAGGAUGUGAAUGACAACGCGCCUCUGACCUCUGAACCUAUCUAUUACCCAACGGUCAUGGAGAACUCCCCAAAGGAUGUAUCUGUCAUCCAGAUCCAAGCCCAGGAUCCUGACUCCAGCACGAAUGAAAAGCUGACUUACCGGAUUACAAGCGGAAAUCCUCAGAACUUCUUUGUAAUCAACUCCAAAACAGGUCUGAUUACAACAACAUCAAGAAAAUUGGAUCGGGAACAGCAAGCAGAGCAUUUUCUGGAGGUAACCGUCUCGGAUGGGGGCACAUCUCCCAAGCAGUCCUCAGUCUGGGUGGUGGUCCAGGUUCUGGAUGAGAAUGACAACAAGCCUCAGUUUCCAGAGAAGGUCUAUCAGAUCAAGCUGCCAGAGAGAGAUCGUAAGAAGCGAGGGGAGCCUAUCUACAGGGCCUUUGCUUUCGACAAAGACGAAGGCCCUAAUGCGGAAAUCUCAUACAGCAUCGUGGAUGGGAAUGAUGAUGGGAAGUUCUUUAUUGAUCCCAAAACUGGGAUGGUUUCUUCCAGAAAACAAUUUACGGCAGGGAGUUAUGAUAUCUUAACAAUAAAAGCAGUAGACAACGGCCGACCUCAGAAGUCCUCGACUGCACGUCUCCAUAUCGAGUGGAUCAAAAAGCCUGCGCCCUCGCCAGUGCCCCUCACUUUCGAUGAACCCUUUUACAACUUCACCGUCAUGGAAAGUGAUAAAGUGACAGAAAUCGUUGGGGUGGUGUCUGUGCAACCUUCUAACAUUCCCCUGUGGUUCGAUAUAGUCGGAGGGAAUUACGAUAGUUCUUUCGACGCGGAGAAGGGAGUGGGCACUAUUGUCAUUGCAAAGCCCUUGGAUGCAGAGCAGAGGUCAAUAUAUAAUAUGACUGUGGAGGUCACCGAUGGAACAAACAUUGCCACGACUCAGGUUCUUAUCAAAGUGUUGGAUAACAAUGAUAACGGCCCAGAAUUCUCUCAGGCAAGUUAUGAUGUCACCAUUUCAGAGGACAUCCUCCCAGACACUGAAAUUCUGCAAAUUGAAGCUAUAGACAGAGAUGAGAAAAAUAAGCUGAGCUACACUAUUCACAGCAGCAUUGAUGGAGUCAGCAUGAGAAAAUUCAGAAUUGAUCCCAACACUGGGGUGCUCUACACUGCUGAGAGGCUGGACCAUGAAGCUCAGGACAAACACAUCCUUACUGUCAUGGUCCGAGAUCAAGAAUUCCCUUAUAGAAGAAACCUGGCCAGAGUCAUCAUAAAUGUGGAGGAUUCCAAUGAUCACAGUCCAUACUUCACCAGUCCRCUGUAUGAAGCCUCAGUAUUUGAAUCAGCAGCUAUUGGAUCAGCAGUCUUGCAGGUCACAGCUUUGGACAAAGAUAAAGGAGAAAACGCAGAGCUUAUCUACACUAUUGAAGCAGGUAAUACUGGAAACACAUUCAAGAUUGAACCAGUUUUAGGGAUCAUUACAUUACUGAAGGAGCCAGAUUUAACCACAAUGGGACAGUUCGUUUUGUCAGUCAAAGUGGCUGAUCAAGGUUCUCCACCGUUGUCAGCAACAGCAAUUGUGCGGAUAUCUGUGACAAUGGCAGAUAACUCCCACCCAAAGUUCACUCUCAAGGAAUACCAAGCAGAGGUUAAUGAAAAUGUGGAUGUUGGUACUUCUGUCACCUUAAUUUCUGCAAUCAGUCAGUCCACAUUAGUUUAUGAGGUUAAAGAUGGGAAUGUGGAUGGAGUCUUUGCUAUAAACCCGUAUUCUGGAGUCAUCACCAGUCAAAAAAACCUUGAUUAUGAACGGGCUUCCUUCUAUCAGCUCAUUGUACAGGCGACAAAUAUGGCAGGCAUGGCAUCAAAUGCCACUGUGAACAUUCAGAUUGUUGAUGAGAAUGAUAACCCGCCAGUUUUUCUCUUCUCUCAGUACUCGGGCAGCAUAAGUGAAGCUGCUCCUGUAAAUAGCAUAGUCCGAAGUGCAAGUAACAGUCCCCUCGUGAUACGAGCCACUGAUGCUGACAGUAAUCAGAAUGCUUUGCUUGUCUACCAGAUUGUUGAAUCUACAGCAAAAAAAUAUUUCACAGUUGAUUCCAGCACAGGGGCGAUCAGAACAAUUGCAAAUUUGGAUCAUGAAACAAUAGCCCACUUCCACUUUCAUGUCCAUGUUAGAGACAGUGGAAAUCCACAGCUCACAGCAGAGAGCCCAGUUGAAGUGACCAUUGAGGUAACGGAUGUCAAUGACAACCCACCAGCCUUCAGCCAGUCCGUAUUUGAGACUSUCUUGCUUCUGCCCACAUAUGUUGGUGUUGAGGUUCUUAAAGUCAAGGCUACAGAUCCAGAUUCAGAGAUUCCUCCUGAACUAUCGUACAGUCUGAUUGAAGGCAAUAUGGACCAUUUUUUAAUUGAUUCAAGUACAGGAGUACUUACCAUUAAAAAUAAUAGCCUAUCCAAAGACCAUUAUAUGCUAAUAAUAAGAGUAUCUGAUGGGAAAUUUUAUAGCACUGCUAUGGUGACAAUAAUGGUGAAAGAAGCCAUGGAUAGUGGGCUCCACUUUACACAAAACUAUUAUUCUACUUCCAUCUCAGAAAACACUACUAACAUCACAAAGAUCGCUGUGGUGAAUGCUGUUGGUAACCGUCUCAAUGAGCCCUUGAAAUACAGCAUACUAAACCCAGGCAACAAAUUYAAAAUCAAAUCUACCUCAGGAGUCAUUCAGACAACUGGCAUCCCCUUUGACCGAGAAGAGCAGGAACUGUACGAGCUGGUAGUGGAAGCAAGCCGUGAACUAGAUCACCUUCGUGUCGCUCGCGUAGUGGUCAGAGUCCACAUUGAGGACAUAAAUGACAACGCUCCAGUGUUUGUAGGGCUUCCAUACUACGCUGCUGUGCAGGUCGAUGCUGAGCCUGGUACCCUGAUAUAUCGAGUGACGGCUAUUGAUAAAGAUAAGGAUGAAAAUGGUGAAGUGUCCUAUCUUCUGAAGGAAGACUAUGGACAUUUUGAAAUCGACAGGGUGUCUGGCAGUGUUAUUUUAAAAGAAGCCUUCAAUUCUGAUUUAUCCAAUAUAGAAUAUUUGGUGGUCGUUCUUGCAAAGGACGGUGGUGACCCCUCAUUGUCUGCUUCAGUAGAGCUCCCCAUUACUAUCGUUAACAAAGCGAUGCCUGUCUUUGACAAGCCAUUCUAUACAGCUUCUGUGAAUGAAGAUGUGGAAAUGCACACUCCCAUAUUAAGCAUAAAUGCAACCAGUCCAGAAGGCCAGGGUAUCAUUUAUAUCAUUGUUGAUGGAGAUCCCUACAACCAGUUUAAUAUUGACUUCGAUACUGGAGUUCUCAGCGUCAUCAGUGCACUGGACUAUGAAAUAAAUUCUCUUUUCAAGCUGACUGUGCGAGCCAGUGAUGCCCUCACUGGUGCCCGAGCUGAGGUCGCUGUAGACUUGAUCAUUAAUGAUGUGAAUGACAAUCCUCCAGUCUUUGAUCAGUCAACCUAUAAUGCUAUCUUGUCUGAAGCAUCCUUGAUUGGGACUCCUGUGUUACAGGUUGUUGCUACUGAUGCUGACUCUGACAAUAAUAAAAUUGUGCAGUAUCAGAUAGUCCAGGACACCUUUAACAGCACGGACUACUUUCAUAUAGACAGCACAAGUGGCCUAAUUCUAACAGCCCGUAUGUUGGAUCAUGAGUUCAUACAGCACUGCAGCUUCAAAGUCAGAGCAACUGAUAAUGGCUUCCCACCACUUAGCAGUGAGGUUCUUGUUAGUAUCUCAGUAACAGAUAUGAAUGACAACCCUCCAGUUUUCAACCAGUUAAUUUAUGAAUCGUAUGUAAGCGAACUGGCACCUCGUGGUCAUUUUGUGACUUGUGUGCAAGCUUCUGAUGCCGACAGCUCUGAUUUUGACAGGCUGGAGUACAGCAUCCUCUCAGGAAAUGAUCGGACCAGUUUUGUCAUGGACAGCAAGAGUGGUGUCAUCACCCUUUCCAAUCACCGGAAACAGAGAAUGGAACCCAUGUAUAGCUUAAAUGUCUCUGUCUCUGAUGGGUUGUUCACCAGCACGGCUCAGGUGCACAUACAGAUCCUUGGAGCCAAUCUCUACAGCCCUGUGUUUACACAGAGUGUUUAUGUUGCUGAGGUUAGAGAAAACGCUGCUCCUGGAACUAAGGUAAUCCACGUGAAAGCAACAGAUGGUGAUUCAGGUAUAUAUGGCCAAAUAAGCUACUCCAUAAUAAACGACUUUGCCAAAGACCGAUUUUUGAUUGAUAGCAAUGGGCAGAUUCUCACAACUGAGAGGCUGGACCGGGAGAACCCCCUGGAGGGUGAUAUUAGUGUAUUUCUGAGAGCCCUCGAUGGAGGUGGCAGGACUACAUUUUGUACUGUGAGAGUGAUAGUAGUGGAUGAGAAUGACAACGCUCCCCAGUUUAUGACUGUAGAAUACAGAGCAAGUGUCAAAGCAGAUGUUGGGAAGGGUUACUUGGUGACCCAGGUGCAAGCUGUAGAUCCAGACGAUGGAGCCAAUUCAAGAAUUACCUACUCGCUGUAUAGUGAGGCAUCUGUUUCAGUAGCUGAUCUGCUUGAAAUAGAUCCCGACAAUGGAUGGAUGGUUACCAAGGGUAGCUUCAAUCAGCUGAAAAACACAGUUCUGUCCUUCUUCGUUAAAGCAGUUGAUGGUGGCAUUCCUGUAAAGCAUUCUCUUAUUCCUGUCUACAUCCACGUUUUACCUCCAGAGAUUAUUUUGCCUUCCUUUACUCAACCACAAUAUUCUUUCACUGUGGCAGAAGACACUGUUAUUGGCAGUACUAUUGAUAUUCUGCAUGUUUUGCCUAAUCAGGRUGUUUUGUAUAGCACAGUUAAUGGAGAGUUGAGUGACAACAACAAAGAUGGGAUUUUCAUCAUAGAACAAGACACAGGAGUCAUAAAAUUGGAUAAGAGGCUUGACCAUGAGACAAAUUCUGCUUUUCACUUCAAAGUUGCAGCCACCAUUCGGUUAGACAAAGUAGACAUUGUAACAACAGUAGAUGUGGAGGUUAAGGUGUUGGAUGUAAAUGACAACAAGCCCAUGUUUGAAACUGCUAGCUACGAUGCUAUAAUAAUGGAAGGGAUGCCCAUAGGAACGAAGCUCAUGCAGGUUAAAGCAGUUGAUGCAGAUGCAAGUGCAAAUGGUCAGGUCACCUACACACUGGCAGUGGAAUCGGAGCUGGAGAAGAUCACGGAAGCGUUCACCAUUGACAGCAACAGUGGCUGGAUCAGCACACUGAAGGAUCUGGACCAUGAAAAGGAUCCUGCCUUCACUUUUGCGGUUGUGGCCUCAGAUCUGGGGGACACUUUAUCCUUAUCUUCGACCGCCCUGGUCUCCGUCACCGUGACAGACAUAAACGAUAACGCGCCCGUCUUUGAGCAUGACGUGUACAGGGGUUCGGUGAAGGAGAGCGACCCUCCGGGUGAAGUGGUGGCUGUUCUCAGCACGUGGGAUGAAGACACAUCCGACGUCAACCGGCAGGUUAGCUACCAUAUUACAGGAGGGAAUCCCAAAGGAAAGUUCGCUCUGGGACUAGUUCAGAAUGAAUGGAAGGUUUAUGUGAAAAGGCCUCUCGAUCGCGAGGAACAAGACGUUUAUUAUCUGAACAUCACUGCCACUGAUGGCCUCUUCGUAACCCAGGCUGCUGUAGAAGUGACAGUCACUGAUGUUAAUGAUAACAAUCCAGUUUGUGAACAGGUUGCUUACACAGCAGUAUUUCCUGAAGACAUUCCAUCAAACAAAGUCAUCCUUAAAAUCAGCGCCAAAGAUGCUGACAUUGGUUCCAAUGGCGAAAUACGCUACUCUCUCUAUGGUGCUGGGAACAAUAAAUUUUUCUUAGAUCCAGAAAAUGGUGAAUUGAAAUCCUUGGCCCCUCUCGAUCGGGAGAAAAUCCCUGUGUACAACCUGGUUGCCCGGGCUACAGAUGGUGGUGGCAGGUUUUGCCAGUCAGAAAUCCAUCUUAUUUUAGAAGAUGUUAAUGAUAAUCCACCAGCAUUUUCAUCUGAUCACUACACUGCAUGUGUCUAUGAGAAUACAGCCACCAAAGCUUUAUUGACAAGAGUCCAAGCCACUGAUCCUGAUGUAGGUGUGAACAGGAAAGUUGUCUAUUCCCUGGCAGACUCUGCAGAUGGCUACUUCUCAGUUGACCAGUCAUCAGGAAUCAUUAUUUUGGAGCAGCCACUUGACAGAGAGUUGCAGUCUACAUAUAACAUCAGUGUAAAGGCCUCAGACCAAAGCAUUGUGCUGACUUUAUCCUCAUUUGCCACCGUUACUAUUACAGUGCUAGACAUUAAUGACAAUCCCCCUGUGUUUGAAAGAAGAGAUUAUCUUGUUACGGUUCCUGAAGACACCUCACCUGGCACUGAAGUCCUUUCUGUUUUUGCUACAAGCCAAGACAUUGGUACUAAUGCUGAGAUCACUUACCUCAUCAGAUCUGGGAAUGAAAAAGGAAAGUUCAGGAUUAACUCAAAAACAGGAGCCAUCUCCAUUUUGGAAGCUUUGGAUUAUGAAUCGUGCAAGGAUUUCUACUUGGUAGUGGAAGCAAAGGAUGGAGGAACUCCAGCCCUGAGCGCCGUUACGACCGUGAACGUGAACGUGACGGAUGUGAACGACAACGCGCCGCAGUUCAGCCAGGGGGUCUACAGUGCAGUCAUCAGUGAGGACGCUGCCAUUGGUGAUUCCGUGAUAAUGUUGAUAGCAGAAGAUCUGGACAGUCCUUUGAAUGGCCAGAUUCAUUUUUCCAUAGUGAGUGGUGAUCAAGACAAUGAAUUUUCGGUUGAUCCUGGUUUGGGCCUCGUGAAGGUUAAGAAGAAAUUGGACAGAGAAAGGAUAUCUGGUUAUUCGUUAGUUAUUCAGGCAAGAGACAGCGGCAUCCCUCCUUUGUCAUCAUCUGUAACAGUCAACGUAGACAUUUCUGAUGUGAAUGAUAAUAGCCCUAUGUUUACGCCUGCUAACUAUACAGCUGUAAUUCAAGAAAAUAAGCCAGUGGGCACGAGCAUUUUGCAGCUGGUCGUGUCAGACAAGGACUCCUUUCACAAUGGCCCCCCUUUUACCUUCACCAUCCUAACUGGCAAUGAAGAGGAGGAGUUCUCCCUGGACCCUCACGGCGUCUUGAGAUCUGCAGUCAUCUUCAAGCACAUGGUUGCAACUGAGUAUGUGCUUUGUGUGCAGGCAAAGGACUCCGGGAAGCCUCAGCAGGUUUCUCACACCUACAUUCAGGUGCGGGUUAUCGAAGAGAGCAUUCACAAACCGACUGCCAUUCCACUGGAGAUUUUCAUUGUGACCAUGGAAGACGAUUUUCCGGGGGGAGUCAUUGGGAAAAUUCAUGCCACGGACCAGGAUGUGUACGAUGUCCUCACAUACACACUGAAAUCAGAGCAGAAAAGUCUGUUCAAGGUUAACAACCAUGACGGGAAAAUCAUUGCCCUUGGAGGGCUGGAUAAUGGCAAGUACAUCCUGAACGUGUCUGUCAGCGAUGGCCGGUUCCAGGUCCCCAUAGAUGUUGUGGUCCACGUCGAACAACUGCUGCAGGAGAUGCUGCAGAAUACGGUCACCAUCCGCUUUGACAAUGUUUCCCCCGAAGAUUUUGUGGGCCUGCACAUGCACGGCUUCAGGCGAACGCUGCGAAAUGCCGUGCUCUCCCAAAAGCAAGACAGCCUCCAUAUCAUCAGCAUUCAGCCCGUGGCAGGCAGCAAUCAGCUCGACAUGCUCUUUGCAGUUCAGAUGCACAACGGUGGAUUUUAUAAGCCUGCCUAUUUGAUUCAGAAGCUUGCCAAUGCGAGGAGACACUUGGAAAAUGUGAUUCGUAUUUCUACCAUUUUGGAGAAGAAUUGUUCUGGACUGGAUUGUCAGGAGCAACACUGUGAGCAAAGCCUGUCUAUCGAUUCCCACUCUCUGAUGACCUAUAGCACGGCCCGAAUUAGUUUUGUGUGCCCUCGUUUUUACAGGAAUGUGCGCUGCAUGUGCAAUGGAGGGCUGUGUCCCGGGUCUAACGAUCCUUGUCUGGAGAAGCCGUGUCCAGGGGAUAUGCAGUGUGUGGGGUACGAAGCGAACCGGAGACCUUUCAUCUGCCAGUGCCCACCAGGAAAGCUUGGCGAAUGCUCAGGCCACACUUCUCUCAGCUUUGCUGGGAAUAGUUACAUUAAAUACCGAGUUUCUGAAAACAGCAAGAAAGAGGAAUUCAAGUURGCUCUACGUCUGCGAACCCUGCAAAGCAAUGGGAUUAUAAUGUACACCAGAGCAAAUCCCUGUAUAAUUCUGAAGAUUGUGGAUGGCAAACUGUGGUUCCAGUUGGACUGUGGAAGCGGCCCAGGGAUCCUGGGAAUUUCUGGCCGGGCUGUAAAUGACGGAAGUUGGCACUCGGUCUUCCUGGAGCUGAACCGCAAUUUCACGAGCYUGUCCCUCGACGACAGCUACGUGGAGCGCCGCAAAGCCCCCCUCUAUUUCCAGACCCUGAGCACGGAUAGCUCUGUGUAUUUUGGAGCCCAGGUCCAAGUGGACAACGUCCGGAGCCUGACGGACAAGAGAACAACACAGGUCUUGAGUGGCUUUCAGGGCUGCCUGGACUCUGUGGUCCUAAACAACAACGAGCUGCCRCUGCAGAACAAGCGCAGCAGCUUUGCAGAAGUGGUUGGCCUGACCGAAUUAAAGCUUGGCUGUGUUCUCUACCCCGAUGCCUGCGAGAGGCAUCCGUGCCAGAACGGUGGGACCUGUACGAGCGUGCCAUCUGGUGGCUAUCAGUGCGACUGUCUCUCCCAGUUCACUGGAAGAAACUGUGAGUCAGAGAUUACAGCCUGCUUCCCAAAUCCCUGUCGAAAYGGAGGGUCAUGUGAUCCCAUCGGCAACGCUUUCAUUUGCAACUGCAAAAACGGCCUGACGGGCGUAACGUGCGAGGAAGAUAUCAAYGAGUGUGAGAGAGAAGAAUGUGAAAACGGUGGCUCCUGUGUCAACAUCUUUGGUUCCUUUCUGUGCAACUGCACUCCUGGCUACGUGGGGCAGUACUGCGGCCUUCGGCCUGUGGUGGUACCCAAUAUACAGGCUGGACAUUCAUACGUCGGCAAGGAGGAGCUAAUAGGCAUAGCCGUGGUCCUGUUUGUCAUAUUUGUGCUGAUUGUCCUCUUCAUCAUUUUCCGCAAGAAAGUGUUCAGGAAGAACUAUUCACGCAACAAUAUCACCCUGGUGCAGGAUCCGGCUACUGCCGCCCUGCUCAACAAGAGUAACGGCAUCCAAUUCAAGAACAUCAGGAACAGUGGAGACAGCAGAAACAUCUACCAGGAGGUUGGGCCUCCACAGGUUCCCGUGAGGCCCAUGGCCUAUACUCCGUGCUUUCAAAGUGACUCGCGGAAUAACCUGGACAAGAUAGUGGAUGGCCUUGGGGUGGAGCACCAGGAGAUGACGACGUUUCAUCCCGAGUCCCCUCGGAUACUGACGGCAAGGCGGGGUGUCGUGGUGUGUAGCGUAGCUCCAAACUUGCCCGCUGUGUCUCCCUGCCGCUCAGACUGUGACUCCAUCAGGAAAAGCACAUGGGACGCCGGGACAGAAAGUAAAGGGGUUGAUGACGCUGAAGAAGUGACCUGUUUUGCAGGAAGCAAUAAGGGCAGCAACUCCGAAGUACAGUCCCUCAGCUCCUUCCAGUCGGAUUCGGGUGAUGACAAUGCUUCCAUAGUGACUGUCAUACAGCUUGUCAACAAUGUAGUUGACAGUAUAGAAAAUGAAGUGUCUGUAAUGGAUCAAGGACAGAACUACAACAGAGCGUAUCACUGGGAUACCUCCGACUGGAUGCCGAGYGCGCGUUUAUCCGACAUUGAGGAAGUGCCCCAUUUCGAGACAGCCGAUGGAGGCUCCGCUCACCACGGCAGUACCAGGGAGCUGGAAUCAGAUUACUACCUUGGUGGCUACGACAUCGAUAGCGACUACCCUCCCCCUCACGAAGAGGAGUUUUUAAGCCAGGACCAGUUACCACCUCCUCUUCCCGAGGAUUUUGCGGACCAGUACGACACCCUUCCGCCCUCGCAGCCGGUCUCAAUGGCCAGCACACUCAGCCCCGACUGCCGGCGACGGCCGCACUUCCACCCUAGCCAGUACCUCCCUCCUCAUCAGUUCCCCAACGAGACAGACACUGCAGGGUCUCAGGCUGGGAAUGAGUUUAGUACUUCUUUUGCUGUUGGCCCAAGCCAGAACACAGAAAACGCUGGUGCAGGUAAGAUGCCCUUAUCCUUGCACAACUCUCUAGAUGCCUCCUCCUCUGACGUCUCAGCCAGCUGCGGCUUUGAUGACUCCGAAGUAGCCAUGAGUGACUAUGAAAGUGUGGAGGAACUCAACCUAGAAAAUGUUCACAUUCCAUUUCUGGAGACCCAGCAUCAGACACAAGUGUAAAGGAAACUCCCUUCUUCUUCCUCCUCUUCUUUUGAUUUCUUUUUCGUCAUCUGGUCCAAUUAAUAGUAUAAAUAUUGAGAAGAAAUUUUGCUGAAGAUGUGUCUAUAUAUAUUGGGCAAGGCAAAAACACACUAUAACCCACUAUUAACUUGUUUGGAAAUGAUACUGUAUGUGCAGACACAAUGAGAUCAAUUGUAUUGUGUUACACAUCACAAAAUUGUUCCAGGCAAUCUGGAGAGUGUGUACCCUCUAUUUAUUAGCAAGAGUAAAGCAGAGCUUAUGAGGCAGGGGGUGGAAAAAAUCUCAUUGCUAGAUAAUUUUUUCAUUAUGUCGUCUUCCCCCAGGGUCUGGGUGUUUUUUGGUAUUGUAUUAUUAAAAGUGUUACAGUGUUAUAAUCUCCCCACAGUAUUAAUGAACUGGUAYGGAUCAUUCCAAGACACAUUGUUGCAUGAAAUUUUAUGUCAGCAAAAGAGUGAAAAGUAAGUGAUUGCUGAGGCUGCUUUGUACAACAGUUCUGAUGGCUUAAAAAAAAAGCAAUUAAUGUUGAUGUGUUGAAGACAAGCUACCAGUCAUUUGUUCAUAAAUACACACCUAUAGUUUUUGUUAUAUAGCAUUUCAUUAUAACUUGCAUGCAUAUAGAGAGGCAUAUAUGCAGUGUAUAUUGACACCAAGUUGCCCUACUUUGGGUGCCAUUUUUUAAAAUAUCAGAUAUGUGACAGAUUUCACCAUCUGAAAAUAUCAGAUCUUGACUCACUAGUUGUCUAAUUCUACCCCUAGCUAUGUUUUUGUGACUUCCCUUGACUUCUGUAUGCAGUGUGAAUAUACACCUGAUAGCAGUCUGGAAAUCUARGUAUCUACAAAGUGCUGCUGAUGAUUUGACAUUUCUUGCUUGGGCAAUAGCCUUUUUAGCAGCAGUCGUGCUACAAUUAUUGCAGUGAAAUUAGUUGUAAUUAAGUUGCAUAUAAUGGUGCUAUAAUUUCACAUUUUUAGUUUACCAUCAUUUGGCAAAUGGCCAUCCCCACUAUUUUAUGGGAUCACUUCUCAGCUGCUGUAAACUGUCUCAGUUAGUGGAACGACAGGGAUGGACUGUAGCCAAAUAUCUGGCCCUAGAUUUUCAGCUGGAGCUAAGUGUGAUAUUGAAAUACAAGACUUCCAUUCGAUGUUUUAAAGCAGAAUAUACAUACUCUUAGCUUAAUGCUAUGAAAAUGUUUUUACCACUACCAUUUUGUUGCAUCUCUGUAUCUAACACAGUGAGUGUGAGUCUGGAGCAUGCAUUACUGCUGGGGUUUCAUCCAUUCUUCCCAUGCCAUAUUUCAGUCAUUUUGAUAAACUAUUGGUAGGYUGAAGCAUUGUUACAGAUGAACAGAUAUAUCAACAGGUUUCCCAUGCCAGUUUCCAUAUCCUGUCUCUUGGUGAAGUGUCUUAACUGAAUAGUUUCAGCGGUUGUAUUCUAGGCAAUGUAUUCUUAACUGAAUUGAUUUUUACGCCAAAUUAAAUUGUGGGCCAUUUUGUGACAUACAGGAACUGUUUAUUCAAAAUCAUUCCAAACAAAAAGAAAUUAACAAUAGAAUGUAAUUUAAACAAUUGCAGCUUGUAACACUUUUAAUAAAACAGGAUCUCUAAAAUUCAUGGAGUAAAUGUGCUAUGUUGCUGCUUCCCUCCAGUACCUCAUGUAUCAGAGCAAGGUUGGUGUAGACCUUUUCUUUGGGUUCAUGCAGCAGUUCUUCAUUAGAAAACAGCUCAUUUUUCAGAGGUACAUGAAUAAAUUGAGCAAACUUUUAGAAAAGCCAUGUACUGCACAUACAAGUAUUACCAAGUACUUGUCGGUUCCUGUUCAUUGAAUUUCUGAAUGUCACUUGGUCUUCUCAAAGUUAACGUGCUUCUGUCACGGUGGUAUAUUCUGAAUGUGCUAGUGGUACAUUUCAACUCCUUUUCAUUGCUUUCUCCCCGUGUUUUCAAGGGGAAAAAAAUGGAAAUUUCCAUCGUGAUUGCAAGGAACUGAGGGAUUUGUUUAAAAUGAAGCCAUGAAAUGCUUUGGCAAGUGUUGAGGAGCAGAUAGAGGAUGACUUGCAUUGCUCAUGAUGCUUGUGUUGCUGGAAAGCAAGUGCAAGAACUAGACUGAUGCCUGUUCAAGAGCAAGAAACAUUCGAGUUUCAAAAAUAUAGCUGCAAGUUUAGGUGCUGUGCAGUAAUUUUAAAGCUGGUAUCACUUUCUGAGAAUGUAAUAAUCUUUCUUAGCAUCCAGCUGCAGUAUUUGUGGAGCUUGUUCCUAGUCAAUUUUGGUGUGAUACAUUUAAAACUAUUAUGCAACUAGUUCUAUUUUAGCCCCCGAUCAAGUGUACUUGUCAUCUUGGUAGCAAGCCAGAGACACUGAUAUCAAACCUUUACUUGGACAUAUCAGAAGUGUCACAAAGGGAAACAUCAUUGGGAGCCUAGCAAUUGUCAUACAAAACAAUGUUUUUUACUAAGCUUGUUGCCUCAGUAAUAUCUUGUUGGUAAAAAUAGUGAGUUUUACUAGUAAAAGAUGCAUAAAUACAAUGUAUAAUUUUUUUUUCUCUUUUGAUACUGUUGCCAUUUCAUUUCACUGAACACCUACUUAUUAAAGUGCUGUUGGGAAGGGUCACCCAGUUUAGCCUUCUCUGCCCCCCCUAUGACUUCUAUACCUCAGUAUCUUCUCCUCUCCAAAUCGAACAUGCCCAGUCUCAUCUCUGCAUCUCCAAGCAGAUGCCCCUCCUUGUGUGUUACCACUUCUGUGGCCUUUGGGGUUCCCUUCUGCUCUUUUGGAUAAAGUGGCGAACCUGGAUGCAGAUCCCAAGGUGAAAUACUUCCUAGGGAGUAAGAUUUUCAUGUUCUCUCAUUCUCUCAUUAAUCCAAGCAACUGUCUUCUUUUCCUUUGUAGUUGCUGCUGCACAUGGAUGAGYCCUAGUCUUUUAACCUGUGCAGUUACAACAUAAUCACAACGUGAUGUGAAUAUAUUAGGGUUCACAUUGCUUCAUCCAGUAUCUGUCGCCUGGUGGUGAUUUUUAUAUAGCUGCUGCUGUCUUUCCUAGAGCCACGACUUUGUUAGAGCCUCUCCUGACAUAUCUGCUGCCUGUUGGGCCUUAAUUGUACAUGUCUGUAUUUCUGUUCAUGUUCUGUAGAUGGCCCCACUGCACAGAACUUCCCUUCAGAGUCAUCUGUAGGAGAGGUUCCCUAGGCAAAAGUACAGCUUAGCAGCUGAUAAAUAUCCCUUGGAGUUGCUAGAGACUUUGGCUUUUGUAAAGAAGCAAGGAGAGAAAGAAGCAAUUUGCUAAAAUGCAUGUUUGUAUCAAAGYCCACUCAGUUUGCAAGGUGUGAGUGUCCAGCUGAAAGAGGGUGCAAGCUCCCCGUGUUUUGGCUCGGGUUAAGGGUGCCAUGUGCACAUGGCACCAGCUCUCUCAGUAAUUCUGGCAAUGGAAAGCGCCUUCGAAGACUGACCACGCAAUUUGUGCUGCCACGGCUGCAUUAAGUGCCCUCGUGCAAAAGGAAAGAUUAGACUUACCAACUUUUCUUAUCCAAACUUUUUCUAUCCUAAUUAUUCUGCAUUUACAUUAUAAAUAUCCUAAAAAAAAAAAAAAAAAAUUCUCCAAGAUACUGGAUAUAAAGGUUGGUUGUCCAGAUCAAGUGUCUUUUGCAGAGCAAAGGACCAAAGGUGAUACCAUGAUACAGCAUCACUUCCUUCCCAUAGGGCCGAAUGGACAGCCCCUCCAGGAGACAACUGUAAAGUGGCCUUCUGAGGACUCUCCUGUAGGACACAGCAUAUGAGGGUGACCAGGAGGAUGUAGCACUGCAGGGACUCCUAACAGUGCUAUGAUAUCCAUCCAGCCCAGAAAGAUUCCUAUAACUGAUCCUGAGAUGUCCUGUGGAUUUCUGAAGCCUAUAGAGCAAUGCAAAGCGGGAGGGAGUCAAAGACUUCUCAGAGCCACUGUAUUAAUGCCAAAAGUAGCGUGCUCCACCUCUGAAGUGGACUCUUAUCCUUUGUAUGUUCCAUAGACAGGUCAAAUUUUGGUCCUCAGAUUUUUAUUUUUCUAAAUUCCCUUGCAUGGUCUGACUUAGUGCUAGCCUACUCUUUUGGUGCCCUCGCUAAUGAGAAGCUCAGACUAAAUACAACACUGAGGAAAUGYAUACCACUGAUAUGCUGGUCAUUAAGAAGGAAGCAGCCUGUUGUCUCUGGAAGUCCUGCAGAUAGUCAGCAAUGAGAAGAUGAAUUGUUGCUCUCAUCAUAAAUUCCACUGUAAAGAGAAAGGUGAAGAAAGAGUAAGGGAAGAUAUUUUCAGAGCACAGAUUUGCUGCACACCAGGAGUCUGAAAAAACUCGCUGAUGUAAAUGAUAUGGCAAUUCCUUAUAGCCAUUAAUUAACAAGUACAGGAGAACACUGAAGGAGCCCUGGACCAAUUCUGCUUGAUUUGUUUGGAAAGGUAGCAUCCGUCCUAAUGGAGAAYAACAGCAGGUCGAAACCAGCUGUGGAAGUACAUCUGCGCUUUGUUGGAAUUUUGGAACUAUUAACUGAGUAAUCAUGGACAUUUCAAGGUUUCCAAAGAGAGAGCUACAACUUCAGGUUCAUUGUGUGAUACAAGGUCUGUGGAAAACUGUUCUUUUUGCCUGUUUGCAUCUCUAUUUUUGUCAAUACACCAGUGAUUUGAGCCCUAGAAAUUGAGGGUAUUGCCCAUUAUCCAUUGCCUUUAGUCUGCAUUUCAUAAACUURACUUUCAACAUCCACUUGAGCAUUCAGUUAGUAAAUCCAAAGGAGCAUUCAGUUAGUAAAUGAGAUGCAUCAUAAGGGGGUGGGCAGAUGGGGAGGAAAUGAAAUAAAAUUCAUUUCUUUAUUUAAUAAUGAAAAGCAAUAAUUACAAAUAUGUCGUAUUACACAAAGGCCAUAAGUAAUCUUUACCAGUGUUAAGAGUGCACUUGAACUGUGUUGUGGAAAGAGAUUGGAGCCCUCAGAACUGUAGCRUUCUUCUGUCCUAGGAAUACCUGAAUUGCUCUUAUUUAACAAUCA